AUGCCUCCCGGCGACGUUUCACUGCCGGACAGCCUCGUGCCGGGCAACGGGGCUGUCCGCCCGUCCCUGAACACCAGUGGCUACGGCGGUAGCAAUGGAGGAAGCUUUCAGACGCAAACGCCCACGUCUCCUGCUGACAGUACUGUUCCCUUCGACUCCCCUCGCACACGGCCAUGGAACGCGUCCUCUACUGGACCGGAUUCCGGUCAAAGCCCGGUAGAUGGUCGCCCUAUCCGACGUCUAGACUCGAAUCCCGUUGACGCCAGAGACCCGACGACGCCUCAAGAUCGGACUAAUCACUGGGAAAAUUCAGGGCCGCUUGAAAGACCCCGACCGAAUGGCCGACCGCACGCCAAGUCCCCUGGAAGCUCAUCAAGGAUUUGCAAAAAGUGCAAUGAACCCCUCACCGGCCAGUUCGUUCGAGCACUGAUGGCGACAUAUCAUCUCGAGUGCUUUAAGUGUGAGGACUGUGGGCAAAUAGUAGCAUCCAAGUUCUUCCCCGUCGAUGCAGAAGAUGGAAGCGGGCAAUAUCCAUUAUGUGAAAUUGAUUACUUCCGAAGGCUAGACCUUUUAUGUCACGAUUGUGGUGGUGCGCUGCGAGGAUCCUAUAUCACCGCACUGGACCGCAAGUACCACAUUGAGCAUUUUACCUGCUCGGUCUGUCCAACAGUUUUUGGCGCACAGGACUCUUACUAUGAGCACGAGGGCAAAGUAUAUUGUCAUUACCACUACUCUACGCAGUUCGCCCAACGGUGCCACGGCUGUCACACUGCAAUUUUGAAGCAGUUCGUGGAGAUUUUCCGCAACGGACAGAACCAACAUUGGCAUCCUGAAUGUUACAUGAUCCAUAAAUUUUGGAAUGUUCGCCUUGCUCCGACCGGCCAGCCUCUGGAAUAUCCUCAGAUGAAAGAGGAUGCUAGCGACGAGGAGCGGAACCAGAUUCGCGAAGAAGAAGACUUGAUGGAGGAAAAGGUGUACAAAAUCUGGAGCACUCUCUCCACCUUCGAGGAGUCGUCUGCUGCCUGCAUCUCAGAUAUGCUAUUGCAUGUCAGUAACGGCGCGUACCUAGAUGGGGUUCUUGUCGCGAAGCGGUUUAUCGGCCACGUAGAAAUCCUUUUCUCCGCUGUUGAUGAACUCGCCGUAUCCAUCAAAGCCCAAGGAAUGAAGGACCUCGCCUUCGGUCGUGAGGCGAAACUUCUCUGCAAAAAGAUCGUCGCAUUUUUUGCACUGCUGUCCAAAACUCAGGAAACCGGCGUCAAGAAACUCGGCGUUACCCAAGAACUUUUAUCGCUUGUUACCGGUCUUGCUCACUACCUCAAACUUCUCAUCCGCAUUGGAUUGCAAGGCGCUCUGAAGCUAGAGAGAGAACAGCAAAGCCCUGAAGGCCUCCACAGCCUCCUAGACCGUCUUGGAGAUCUUGAGUCACUACGGCCGCUCGAGGAGGAGGAAACGCCGGCAGAUCUGUUGGUCGGUGUAGACACGUUGGCCGAUCAGCUCUCCGAUUGCUGCGCAGCGUGUAAGGAGCCUAUUGAUGAUGAGUGCGUCAUGCUCGGUGACAAUAGAUGGCACAUAAAGCCUCCGCAUUUUCUCUGCUCGUCGUGCCAGACAGACCUGACAACAAAUCUUCAGGAUGCUUUUUUGAGCCCCAAGGACAAGCAGAUUUUAUGUUCUAGUUGUGUCACUCACAAAGGUAUUGUGAACAACACGCAGAAGGGCUUUAUACGCGUCACAAAACUCCAACAAUUUGUCUUUCUACUUAGAGUAGCUCUGGCACGGCUUCUUGCUGUUUUACGAGCUGGAGGAACCCUUUUCCCACCAGAAACUGACAUGCCGUCUUCGUUUGUAGAAGACUCUGUUGUACAGUCUGACGGUAAUCAAAUACCUCCUGGUGGCGAGUUGCGCCGCAGAAAAGAUGGAGACGGGUCUUCUCUCGAGCAGACAGUCGGUGAGAUGCGACGCUUACGGUCAAUCCGGAAUGAGCGCACACUUUCCACAACGUACAAGAAGGCUAGAGCGUCGAGGAUUAUUGACGGGCCUGAAGGAAGGAGCGUCAGACCUGGUUCCUCAGGCGGCGAAGGCUCGGACUCUAGGGGACCUGGCUUCCAAAUUGUGGAGGAAAAGGACGCCAAUGGAGAACCUGUUACUGAGCUAGCAUUUGGCAAUCAAGAUGCCUUGACGUUGGAUGACAUUCCUCGAAUUGUCGCAGCAGAGCAAGCCAAAGAGCAGCGCCCGAACGCUUACAGACAUGCUGGCACCAAGCUCGUGGGCACGACUGAACCUCUUCCCAGGUACAACCAGGGACAUCAGCGCGGUGUUUCUAAUGCUGGUAUCGAACAACCUUACCCUGCGCCGACUGGGAGGGGCAAACGGUACUUUUCCGAACUCUCUGCCCUGGAAUACUUUAUUGUAAGACAUGUUGCUGUGUUGUCUAUGGAGCCCUUGCUGGAAGGUGCUUUCACUCUGGAGGAACUCCUUUCAUUGAUUGAAUCGCGGAAACCAACGAUAUGGGGUAUCUUCGGCAGAGCUUUUACCAAGGAUGCCAAAAAGGGUGGAAAGAAGAAGGGCGUCUUUGGCGUUAGCCUUGACUACCUUGUUGAAAAGGAAGGCACCGAGUCUACCCAUGGCGUCGGCCCGGGGGCUCUUCGUAUUCCGGCUCUUGUUGAUGAUUCUGUGUCUGCCAUGCGCCAAAUGGACAUGUCUGUUGAAGGUGUCUUCCGGAAAAACGGCAACAUUAGACGACUGAAAGACAUCUCGGAGAUGAUCGACACCAAGUACGAGCAAGUGGAUUUGACAAAGGAGAACCCAGUUCAGAUUGCUGCUCUUCUCAAGAAAUUCCUCCGCGAAAUGCCCGAUCCACUUCUAACAUUUAAGUUGCACCGUUUGUUUGUUGCAUCUCAAAAAAUCCCUGAUUUGGAAAAACAGAAGCGGGUGCUUCAUCUCACAUGUUGCUUGCUUCCUAAAGCUCAUCGUGACACAAUGGAAGUCUUGUUCGCUUUUCUCAAUUGGACAUCAUCCUUCUCCCAUGUCGAUGAAGAGACUGGCAGCAAGAUGGACAUCCAUAAUCUCGCAACCGUUAUGACUCCUAACAUUCUCUAUCCCAAUACGAAGACAAGCGCUGUGGAUGAAAGCUUCCUCGCAAUCGAAGCUGUCAACGCGCUCAUUACGUACAAUGACACCAUGUGUGAGAUUCCGGAAGACCUUCAAUCUGUUCUCAGCGACAGCCACCUCUUCAAGGAGAACUCGGAAGUCACGACCAAAGAUAUCCUGAAAAGAUAUGGUGACAUUGCAAGGGGUGGCUUCUCUCAGAAAGCAAGCAAUGGCGGUGAAACAUUCACUAUAACUAAUCAAAGCCGUGGAGCCAACGUCCCUACUUCUGCCCGGAUUGAGACAGACCCGUACCAGGAUACGGCAUCUCAGAUGCAAAGUUCGGUUCGACAUGUGCCUGGACCGGGUGGAAACUCGCAUCCAAGUGGUGCCAUCGCACCCAACAAAGAUCUCGAUAAACGCACCCGCAGCACUAGCACAGGCAGUCAAUCCGAAGGCCAGCCCCAGCAGGUACCUUACAGAGCUCGUCCAAACCCAGGACCUAUGGGCGUUGCUGGUUAA